ACUACGACAAGUGAAGUUCAAUCAGGGACAGGCACCAGACAAACACGCAAGCUGUCGCUGUGUAGCCCCGUCGCAGCCCCGUCAGCACCGUAAGAGAACCCCAACCGUGAGGCUCUUGUAGCGGCAGCUCUGCCGAGGCGUAUUACCGCUACUGGGAGGCACGCCUGCAGACCGCGCCCUGUUGGCGCCUGGAGGGCUCUGCGACAAACGUUCUCGCGCGAGUCGGAGAAGUCGAGAGUCGCGGCACCAUGCUGUCUCGCCAAGCGCUGUGCCUCCGCGCUGCUGCUGGGCUGUCGGCGCUCACCCAGGACUUUGGCGCGCUAGCUUCAGCAGCUAGCUCGGUCGCCGGGACUCCGAGCUCGCACAACUCAGCCGCGACCUCCCAGCUUCUGCGCUCGCUGCCGCCCUUUCCAGCCCCCUUCUCCUCGUCCUGGCGCUCCGUUUCCACGGCAACCACCUCAUCGGCCAGCAAUGUCCUGGCCCCGGCUCUGGACCGCGAGGCAGUCGCAAACACGGCCGCCAUGUCUCAGCUGCUGACCCACAUGAACGGCCUGCACGCUGUGGCGCGUGCGGGCGGCGGCGCCACGGCCAUUGCGCGGCACCGCUCACGGAACAAGUUGCUGCCGCGGGAGCGCAUUGACGCGCUGCUGGACGAAGGCUCGCCGUUUCUGGAGCUAAGCCCGCUGGCUGGACGGGGGCUGUAUGGUGACGACGAUGUGGCGGGUGGCGGCAUUGUAACGGGCAUCGGCAAGGUGCAGGGCCGCCUGGUCGCUAUCGUGGCCAACGACGCCACAGUCAAGGGCGGCACCUACUACCCCAUCACUGUCAAGAAACACCUGCGGCUGCAGGAGGUGGCGGCGCAGUGCCAGCUGCCGUGCCUGUACCUGGUGGACAGCGGCGGCGCCAACCUGCCACGACAGGCCGAGGUGUUCCCUGACCGGGACCACUUUGGCCGCAUCUUCUACAACCAGGCCCGCAUGUCCGCCGCCGGCAUACCGCAGAUCGCGGUGGUGCUGGGCUCCUGCACGGCCGGCGGCGCCUACGUGCCGGCCAUGGCGGACGAGUGCGUCAUUGUGCGCGGCAACGGCACCAUCUUCCUAGGCGGCCCGCCGCUGGUCAAGGCCGCCACCGGCGAGGAUGUGAGCGCCGAGGAUCUGGGCGGCGCGGACCUGCACUGCAGCACCUCGGGCGUGACGGACCACUACGCCCAGGACGAGGCGCACGCGCUGGCCAUCGCGCGGGACAUCGUGGCGCACCUGCCCCUGCCGCCCACUACAUUGGGCCCCCCGGCCACGUCCUGGCAGGAACCUGUGUACCCGGUUGAGGAGCUGCGCGGGGUGGUGCCCGCCGACGCCCGCCGCCCCUUCGACGUGCGCGCCGUGCUGGCCCGGCUGCUGGACGGCAGCCGCCUGGACGAGUUCAAAACCAACUACGGCACCACGCUGGUCACGGGCUUCGGCAGUGUGUACGGCCAGGAAGUGGGCGUGGUGGCCAACAACGGGGUGCUGUUCAGCGCGGCGGCACAGAAGGGCGCACACUUUGUGCAGCUGUGCGCGCAGCGCGGCGUGCCGCUGCUUUUCCUGCAAAACAUCACGGGCUUCAUGGUGGGCCGGGCGGCCGAGGCGGGCGGCAUCGCCAAGGACGGCGCCAAGAUGGUUCGCGCGGUGGCCAACGCUGACGUGCCCAAGGUGACGGUGGUCAUCGGCGGCAGCUUCGGAGCCGGGAACUACGGCAUGUGCGGCAGGGCCUACAGUCCUCAUUUCAUGUACAUGUGGCCAAACGCAAGGAUUGGCGUCAUGGGCGGCGAGCAGGCUGCCGGUGUGCUGGCGCAGGUGGAGGCGGACAAGCAACGCCGCAAGGGCAAGCAGUGGGCGCCUGAGGAGGAGGCCAAGUUCCGCGCCGCCAUGACCGCGGCGUACGACACACAGGCGCGGCCCGAGUACGCCAGUGCGCGGCUGUGGGAUGACGGCUGCAUUGACCCCGCCGACACGCGCCGUGUGGUGGGGCUGAGCCUGGCCGCCGCCACCGCCAACGUGCCGCGCAUCAGCACCGACAGCCGCUUUGGGCCCUUCAGGUUCUAGGCAAGCCCAAGGCAGGCGCCUUGGUGCUUGGGUGAGAAAUUCGGGCUGGUCAUGUGAGGGCGUGUGGGCGUCUACUCCCCAAAAAGGUGGACACGCUGUGUUAUAUCAUUACUAGGACGUGUGUUACCAUGGGCAUCGGUUUAGGAUGCGGCAUGAGCUGCGUUUGUACAAUAUCCUAUUUGGUUGGCGGCUUUGCGCCAUGAGUGCGGCCCCAUCAACCACCGUUGUGACCGUUUUGAUUAAUUGCCGUAGCAGCUAGAGUGACGGCACGGCGUCAACUACAGGCGGCCUCCCUGGCGGCAACAGAUGUACGCAAAGAGCAAGUGUGCAGUUGUCAGCGCCGGUGUACCAUAUGAUGGACGUUGUUGCGUUGUGGAGUACCUGAGUACGAUAUGCUAGUGGUCGAAGGCUUAGGCAUCGCGCGGGAGAUGGUGUGUGCGGUCGUUGAGUCUCGGCACUCACGCGGCGGAUGCCUUGAUCUAAGGAGUUCACCAUGGGUGCACAACUGGCGCGAAUGAGCAGGGCAACGUGACUGUGCUUUCGCUAUGAUCCCAGUAUGAGAGAGAUUUCAGGGCAACGGCACGCGUCUGCUGCUGAGUUCUCACGUACUGAUUGCACCCCUGGAUCGCACAACGCAUUGCUUGACUGGCUGCCGAGCCCUCAGUCUAACGCGCAAGGCGGAAAGGCUGGCCGGCCACGGGGUGGCUGUGCGUGUCGUUCGGACCUGCGGCACCCUUGCGCAACGUUAGCCACCUGCGCAAUCAUGCCCACCCAGUCCCACCCCGCCUCUGUAAACUCAGUAACUU